AUGUGGCUGGAGAAAUUUCGUGGGAUUUCUAUUACUCACUGUCGCAACCCCCAUCAACUAUAUGGCAUGGCACUAUCAGAUAUUGUGCCGACAAUUAUGCUUCUCCCAAACUGGAGUGUUCAAAAGGUUGGCAUCAUAUUUAGUAUGCAGGGCAAUCUAAGCAUGGCUUAUAUUGAUCUAGCUCUGCAUGUUACCACGCAUGGAGAAGAAGAUAUAUCUGAGGCUGCGUCCUCUCGGACUCAUUGUCCUCUUGGAGGAACGCAAAAUCAUCGUCUUGCUUGUAGCCCGAAUCUUCGAGAAUGGGCAACGAUAACCGUGCGACCUUUCACAACCCUAGCCGAUGAGCAUCCGGGACUCAACGAAAUGCAGGGAGUCUAUUUCGGCAUAUCCCUCGCAAGUUCAAGGGUUUCACCCCACUUGCUGGUGGAGUCGACCUCACUCCACCAUGCUUAUAUACGUCAUGACAUUGGUCUUAUGGACUAUUGUGCUAGAGCUAAAAUCAGAACACCAGUAAACUGUGGUGUUGAAAGGACCGGAGUGGCAAGAUGCCUCGGGGGAGAGGAGUCAGACAGCCAAGAUGGAAUGGAUGGAUCGAUUGAAACAAUGCUGUCGAAAAUGUUGGCAAGAUAUUUUGAAAAGGCCAUAUUGGCGGACUCCUUCAACGACCGGCAGUUGACAGCGGUUACGCGAAUGUGGAUAAGGGAAGUAGACGGCAACAUCGUGCUGUUAAGCAUCGCUGAUUAUUGCGAUAUUGAAACGACAGAUAAGAAAAUGGGAGGAGCCACCACAAUCAAUUGCUAUUAUUAUUAUUAUAAUAUAACGGCACAGCCGAAGAGACUUGGAACUGGUGGAGGAGGGUUCAAACCCUUGCAGGUUGAUGAGGUUUGCCAACUAGGGGCUGUUUCAGAUUGUUCUCGGCCAGCAGUUGAUAGCAACAGCGUGUUACGUGUGGUUUGUCAGAAGUUCGGGUUGUCCAGGUACAAGUCCGGCCGGUUCGAAUUCAUUCAGUCCAUUCGGAUAAGCUUUUCCAAUUCGGUAACAAACGGAAGAUAUAUAGACUGGCUGAGCUUCAAUUGCCCCCCGCGCACCCACACGAGCCAUCUACAAACAAAAUAUCUGGUCUUAAUCCCCGCAUCUGAGAUAGGAGCCACUCGGAAUCUUAAGGGGGGUUAUGCAUUCGGCGAAUUUGUAUGGCCAUGGUUUCUCCCUAAAAAAUCCGAUGUGAAUCCAUACACCGGUGUCAUUGGCGCUAUAAUAUUGGCUUCGAUAGGCCACAGUGCUGAUUCGGAAGUGCCGCAGUUCUCGCAUUUCCGCAACCAGGGCCAAGCUAACUCCGAUGUUGCUUCAUCCCUUUGGGGAAGGCUAUCAAGGGGUUCAUUCCACGUACUUAAAGGAUAUUAUACAAAGAGCAACUUGAGUGAAAAUGCCUCGAGAGUUGACACGGAUUCUGAGACAGAGAUACCUGAACUCAAAGGUCUCGUAUUAGUUAAUGGCUUGGCACCUAUGCUAUCUAGGGAAAGGGGUACUCAUGAUAUUAAAUGUACCAUGUUGCUUUUAUAUGCACAGCCGACUUUUUUUCCUAUCCCUAAUGUUGAUUUAUGCAUUGUUGGCUCGUUGCAAUUUCAGUCAUCGUUUCAAGAUUAUGUACGCACCACAGAGACACGAACACCCAAGAUGUGCGCUGUGAACAAGAAACAGUCUUAUUCAUUUAUUCUCCUCAAAACAAGUCAAAGACUUUACGCAUCUCAAUAA